AUGUUGUCCGCCGCAAAAGUGCGCAUUCAUGGGAUGCAAGAUGAGAAUUGGAUUAUUAAAGACAAGAUAAAUCAAUACAGAGGGUUGAUUAAGCUCUACGAAAGAGAUCAGAAAAUUCAUGAAGGGGAUCUAGCUAAACAAAAAAAACGAUACUCACGCGACAUUCGUCAGUUACGAAGAGACAUAACGAGCAAGCGUGAAGAGCUAGAGGUAGCUGUGUAUGGCGACAAGCAGUUUCUUCGUAAUGCGUUUCAGGAACACAGGCGCUUACAACUUACCUACAUGAACAGCCAAGCUGAUAAAGUUUUGGAAAGUAUUCACCAAGAAAAUUUCAAUAAAAGGAAGCAACUCGACAGAAUUAGAUAUACAAAGAAGAGAAAGAUGGAAGAGUUUCGCCAGAUUCAGCUCCAGUCGUCUGAGUUGCGGGAUCGACUUCUUUACGAAGUCGGAGGAAAAUUGCCGGCCGAAAAAAAGGAGCAGGCGGUUGCUAAUUAUGUCCAACGAGCGAACAUUAAAAAGAAUGCGGCCUUAGCUAUAAAGGUCAUGUACAAAAAAAUUUUGGAUAUAUUGAAAAAGGACUCUUCAUACUUCACUGUGGUUUUAGAGGCGCUUAAGUUGGACUGUCGGGCUCAAGGUAAAUGCUUAAUGGGAGCAACUGAAAUGGGACAGUUGGCUAUGGAGUACCUGGACGAUAGGAAAUUCGAAUUUAGCAAGCUAGAAAAGGAAAUAAAAACAAAUAUGAAAGAGAGAGAAAGGACUUUGAAAUUAGUACGACGAGAAGUUGCUUUUCUAACGGAUUCGUUUCCUAAUCUUAUAAGGAAAGAGGAAGCUACAAAUCUUGAUGAUUUGUAUGAAGACCCGGAUGCCGUCAGUCAACACUCCGUGCACUGGGAAGUUGAAGAAGUAAUGAGAAUCUGCAAGCGACUUCAAAAAGCAACAUUAGUUCCUUCAUUUGAUAAAAUACUGGUCAGGUUGAAGGAGCAACGGUAUCAGACGGAACGUUUAAUGACACAGCUGACCCUCAAUAGUAUGAAGAGAGAUGCACUUAUAGAGGAUCGUAAACAUGCAAUACUUAUGCUUGAUUCGCUAAAAAAUGUUGGACAGGAGAGAACUGCACAG